GUGUUCGUGGACGAGUUCUCUUGCAUUGGCUGCCGCAACUGCAACAACGUGUGCCCCAAGACAUUCGGCAUGGAGGAGGAAUAUGGGCGAGCGAGGGCCAUGCAGCAGGACGUGGACUCUGAAGCCAAGCUGCAGGAGGCGAUUGACUCGUGUCCCGUGUCUUGCAUCCACUGGGUA